UCUCUCUCUCUGAACACUUCCUGUUGAUGUGAUUCUCCACUAUAGCUCCAAAAACCCCCCAUCAAACUUUACAAAAGAGAAAGACCAAGAACCAUGGUUUUUUCCUCCAUUCCAGCUUAUCUUGAUCCAGCCAACUGGCAACAGCUACCAACUCAUCAAACCGGAAAUAGCAGCGGAAAUCCUCAACUUCCACCACCACCACCACCUCCUCAGCCUCAUGUGGGAGGCGGCGCAGGCUCAAUUAGGCCAGGCUCCAUGGCCGAUCGUGCCAGGAUGGCCAACAUACCGAUGCCAGAGGCGGCCCUUAAGUGCCCCAGAUGCGAAUCAACUAACACAAAGUUUUGCUAUUUCAACAACUACAGUCUCACACAGCCUCGACACUUUUGCAAGACCUGUCGAAGAUACUGGACAAGAGGUGGUGCCCUGAGAAGCGUUCCGGUGGGAGGCGGUUGCCGGAGAAACAAAAGGAGCAAAGCAAGUAGUUCAAAAUCCCCCGCCGGCAGUAGCGAUCACCAAUCAAAUUCUGGUUCCACCACCAUAGUUUCCUCUACCAGUGGACCGGCCAAUAUAUUAGGCCUCACACCCCAAAUUCCAUCGCUACGGUUCAUGGCUCCUUUUAGUCAGCUUUCGGCCGAUUAUGGUGCAGGUGACAUAGGGUUAAACUAUGAGGGUAUUUCAGCUCCGGUGGCGGCGACAAACGAGAUGAAUUUUCAGAUGGGUACAAAUUUCCUUGGUGGUGGUGGUGGUGUGUGCUUCCUUUUUAUCCGCUGGAGGAAUUGAGCAGUGGCGGUUGCAGCCGCCCCAACAAUUUUCUUUCCUGGGUGGCAUGGACCCUUUAUCGUCACAGUGCCUAUUCCCAUUCCAAGGUGGUGUUGAGACAUCAGGUUAUGUUGGUGAAACUAGUCAGGUCCGGCCGAAAUUAUCUGCCUCCAUGCUUACUCAGUUUGCUUCUGUGAAAAUGGAAGAUAAUCAAGAGUCCAAUUUGUCGAGGCAAUUCUUGGGAACUCCAGGAAACGAUCAAUGGACUGGUAGUGCGUGGACAGAUCUUUCAAGUUUUAGCUCUUCUUCCACCAGUAAUCCCUUAUAAACUCUCUCCUGUUACCUCCAAAACCCGACAUUGAAGCAUAAAAUUUUAGCACUGGAGCUUCAAGUGAAGAAAAUCAAGUCCGGGAACAAAGUCCUUCAAGCAACAUAGCCACUUAAUCCUAAUUGAUGGAGGCCUAUGGACGGAUAGACCAAGCACUUUGUCUUUCUAAGAUCAACAUGAAAACCCUAGAUAUGGUAGGUUUCCUGUUUUUCAAUUAUCUUUAUUUGUAGUUUGCUUUGUAAUAUGACUGAGAGUGAUUGUAGACAUGAGUGUCUUAUGUUCUUAUAACGGUAUAAUAGGCAUGGACUACCCUUUAAUGAUAGCUAGCUAGUUAAUGUGUUAUCAAUAAUAGCG